GAAAACAUGAAGUCCCUGCGAUUCCUCGCUGCUGAGGGCUUCACCCAAACUGGUCCAAGUGCUCUGGAGAACCUCAGCUGUGUGUCUUUUAACCUCUACCCUCUUCUCUUCAAGGCCUGCUAUCUCCAUGAGCAGGCCGACUUGCUGAAUGCUUUGGUCCAGACUUGGCCUCUUCCUGAGCUCAACCUACAAAGACUCCUGGGAAAGACAAUCGACUGUGACUUGGAUCUCACCUCUCGCACCUGCCGGACUUGUCUGGUAGCAAUUCUGACCGGCCUCAAGGAUUAUGUGCUGUCUCCUCCAAGAACUUAUGCCAAGAACCUGCACGUGGUGGACCUGACAGCCCUUAAGGACAUUGAGCAGCAGGCCUGCCCCUGUCGGUCCACGCUGGGUCGAUGGGCAAGAACCCAGCUCCUGACCCAGAUGUGCUAUGAGACAAUGGUGGCCAUGCAAGCCAGCGACGUGUCCCGAUCUGCCUUCGAAACAUCCAUCGACAUCCGUCUGAACGGCUUCGUCACUGGACGCAACUACGAGCUGGUGGCUCAGGCCUUCAUGCUUCUCCGCUACUGUCCUCUGAAGCUCCGUUUUGUUAGUUUCAGGGCCGAUUCUCUCGCUCUCAAGCAGCUGUUCUACGUUCUUCGCCUAGCAGAGCCUGAGUCCAUCACAAAGCUGGAGGUGGUCCACAACAUCCCCCUGGAGGCCGUACACCUGGAGGUGCUGCUAUCCAGAGUGGAAUUCCCUAAAUUACAGUCUCUAACGCUGCCGGCCGGGGCGCUGGAUGUGAGGAGGCUGAACUCUUUAGAUGGUGAUCUGCUGGCCACCCUUGGCAACCUGCUGGCACAGCUGAGCAGACUCACCGAGCUCUACAUUGGGUUUUCGACACUCACCGGACACCUACGAAGACUGCUCAUUCCUCUCAACACACCACUGCAGUGCCUGGAGUUGGCCAACUGCUGCCUGAACCGUGUCGACAUGACAUACUUGGCCAACAGCCUCCACAGCGAAGCCCUGGUUCGGCUGGACAUCAGUGGACAUGACAUCUUCGGCUCUUUCUCCACCUCUGUCCACAAACUGCUCAGUCGUUGCUCUGCAACACUGGUGAGCCUGGCCCUCGAAGAAUGCAGCAUAACGGACGAGCACAUGGACCCCUUCAUUGGUGCUUUGGCUCUCUGUCAGGGACUGGAGGAGCUCAAGCUCCUGGGAAACCCUCUGACCUCUGCUGCCCUACGGAGGUUAUUCUCCACACUAUCCGCAGGCUUUCCUAAGUUAAGGUACAUUGAGUUACCAGUGCCCCGUGAAUGCUACUCUGAGGAUGUCACUUAUCCUCUUGAUGAUGCAGUCUUGCUGCAUUACAACAGGGAAUUGUUUGAGGAGAUCAGGAGUCAGCUGAUGGGCAUCCUGGAAGGAGCUGGUAGAGGAAGUGUGGAAGUGUGCACUCCCCUCCUGGGGGCCUACGAUCCAGACAUUCAUGAAACCAGCAAUGAACUUGGGGUGUCUAUGUUGAAAUCUUUUAACAAUGUCAUUGGGAACUUUAUAGGUACCAUAACUGACGUGGACAGCAGGAGAUCACAGGCUCACAAAGAUGACUAAUGAGGUUUCCUGUACAAAGAUAAAUUGGCGCAGGGAAAAAGGUUUUGAGUUCAGAUUAUAUAUAAACUUGGACAUUUGUGUGAAGCAGAUCUUUAAAGCUUAUAGAAAUGUCAUUGCAUGCUGACUAUGACGGCCCCUGUGGACAGUUUGUUUCUAUGAGGAUGUGUUCUUAGGCUGCACUAAACUGUCCCCUCUGGUCUGUGCUUGACUGUGAAAACAGAUUUAAUAAGCCAGGUCUAUCUGGCUAUAAAUUAACAUCAUACAUACAGAAAUUCCAUACUAUAUGAUUUUACUGUUUUAUCUCAUCCAGGAUCAAUACUUUCUUCCAGCACCUCUUACAGUCUGUAAAACAGACAAACAUGCAGUGCAAAAAGAUGUAACUACCCUAAUGGAUAUUGGUUACUAAGAUAUUUUUCCUAAUGUAUCUAUUGUACAUGUUCUUAUGUCUAUAUUCUGUUUUAAAUUUUGUAUAUAAUCAGAUUUGUAAACAGCACAAUAAUGCAACAUGUCACAGAUUGUAUAUUAGGAAGCAUACAAAUGUGUUUCAUUUUGUCAUACCAGUAAAUCAAAUCUUCAAAUAA